GCCCGGGGCCCGGCAGCCGCUAAGGCGGCGUCCCCCCCAUCCCGGCCCCCGGUCCGGCCGCCCCGGCCUCGGCUCCCGCGGGGGACACCAUGUACUGGCUGGCGGCGCAGGGAGGCCGGCGCCCGGCGGGGAUGUUGGGUUAACGGCAUGGAGAACAGUCACCCCCACCACCACCACCAGCAGCCCCCGCCGCAGCCCGGCCCUUCGGGCGAGAGGAGGAACCACCAUUGGAGAAGUUACAAGUUGAUGAUUGACCCAGCUCUGAAAAAGGGGCACCAUAAACUGUACCGCUACGAUGGGCAGCAUUUCAGCCUGGCGAUGUCCAGCAACCGCCCGGUGGAAAUCGUGGAAGAUCCCCGGGUGGUCGGAAUCUGGACCAAAACCAAGGAGCUGGAGCUGUCGGUGCCCAAAUUCAAGAUCGAUGAGUUCUACGUGGGCCCUGUGCCUCCAAAGCAGGUGACAUUUGCCAAGCUGAAUGACAACAUCCGUGAAAACUUCCUAAGGGACAUGUGCAAAAAGUAUGGGGAGGUGGAGGAGGUGGAGAUUUUGUAUAACCCGAAGACCAAGAAACACCUGGGUAUCGCCAAGGUGGUCUUUGCCACGGUCAGGGGCGCCAAGGAGGCGGUCCAGCACUUACAUAGCACCUCUGUCAUGGGCAACAUCAUCCACGUGGAGCUGGACACCAAAGGGGAAACUCGCAUGCGCUUCUAUGAACUGUUGGUCACCGGCCGGUACACCCCCCAGACGCUCCCAGUGGGUGAGCUGGAUGCUAUUUCUCCAAUUGUGAAUGAGACCCUGCAGCUAUCAGAUGCUCUGAAGCGCCUCAAGGAUGGCAGCCUGUCUGCGGGCUGUGGCUCUGGCUCCUCCUCUGUCACCCCUAACAGCGGUGGGACCCCCUUCUCCCAGGACACAGCUUACUCCAGCUGUCGUCUGGACACACCCAACUCCUACGGACAAGGCACCCCGCUCACACCUCGCCUGGGUACCCCUUUCUCACAGGAUUCCAGCUAUUCCAGUCGUCAGCCCACACCCUCCUACCUCUUCAGCCAGGACCCCACAGCAACUUUUAAAGCUCGGCGGCAUGAGAGCAAGUUCACUGAUGCCUACAACCGCCGCCACGAGCAUCAUUAUGUCCACAAUUCUGCCGUGGCUGCAGUGGCUGGAACCACAACUAAUUUCCGAGGCUCCUCAGACCUUUCCUUUGGCAGCGGUGGAGGCAGCAGUGGCCCCCCCUUCAAGACCCAAUCACAGGAUUCGGCCACAUUUGCCCACACUCCACCUCCUGCCCAAGCAGCCCCUGCUUCUGGAUUCAAGUCAGCUUUCUCUCCAUAUCAGACUCCAGCACCCCCAUUCCCCCCACCUCCGGAGGAAGCCACUGCCACAGCAGCCUUUGGGACCCGUGACAGCGGGGAGUUCCGGAGGGCACCUGCGCCUCCACCCCUACCGCCUUCUGAACCUCCAGCCAAGGAGAAGCCGGGCACACCUCCUGGGCCCCCACCCCCAGACAACAACAGCAUGGAGCUGGGUGGCAGGCCUACCUUUGGCUGGAGUCCUGAGCCCUGUGACAGCCCAGGCACACCCACUCUGGAGUCAUCUCCAGCAGGGCCAGAGAAGCCCCACGACAGCCUGGACUCCCGUAUUGAGAUGCUGCUGAAAGAACAGCGCACCAAGCUGCCCUUCCUGAGGGAGCAGGAUUCAGACACUGAGCUCCAGAUGGAGGGCAGCCCCAUCUCCUCCUCCUCCUCCCAGCUCUCCCCACUCACCCACUUUGGCACUAACUCGCAGCCUGGCUUCCGUGGUCCCUCACCGCCCUCCUCACGCCCCUCCAGCACAGGUCUGGAGGACAUCAGCCCAACACCACUGCCUGACUCUGAUGAGGAUGAUGACCUGGGCCUGAGCCUGGGCCCUCGGCCCCCACCUGAGCCGGGCCCCCCAGACCCUAAGGGUCUUCUAGGCCAGACAGCUGAGGUGGCUUUGGACCUGACAGGAGACAGGACCCCGACUUCAGAGAGGAUGGAUGAGGGCCAGCAGUCCUCGGGAGAGGACAUGGAAAUCUCGGAUGAUGAGAUGCCCUCAGCCCCCAUCACCAGCGCUGACUGCCCCAAGCCCAUGGUGGUGGCCCCAGGGGCAGGGGCUGUGGCAGCCCCCAACGUGCUGGCUCCAAACCUGCCCCUGCCCCCACCCCCUGGCUUCCCUCCAUUGCCCCCACCGCCCCCACCGCCCCCACCACAGCCUGGCUUUCCCAUGCCCCCGCCUUUGCCCCCUCCACCGCCCCCACCCCCUCCAUCCCAUCCUGCGGUGACAGUGCCCCCACCUCCCUUGCCAGCACCACCAGGCGUCCCGCCCCCACCCAUUCUGCCGCCGCUACCCCCCUUCCCACCAGGACUAUUCCCUGUGAUGCAGGUGGACAUGAGCCAUGUGCUGGGUGGCCAGUGGGGUGGCAUGCCCAUGUCCUUCCAGAUGCAAACACAGAUGCUAAGCCGGCUCAUGACAGGCCAGGGCGCUUGUCCCUACCCACCCUUCAUGGCAGCUGCAGCUGCUGCUGCUUCAGCUGGACUGCAGUUUGUUAACUUACCCCCGUACCGGAGUCCCUUCUCCCUGAGCAACAGUGGCCCAAGCCGUGGGCAGCACUGGCCGCCCCUGCCCAAGUUCGACCCGUCUGUGCCACCACCAGGCUACGUACCACGUCAGGAGGACCCACAUAAGGCCACGGUGGACGGGGUCCUGCUAGUGGUACUCAAGGAGCUCAAGGCUAUCAUGAAACGUGAUCUCAACCGCAAGAUGGUGGAGGUGGUGGCCUUCCGGGCCUUUGACGAAUGGUGGGACAAGAAAGAACGGAUGGCCAAGGCCUCCCUGACCCCCGUGAAGUCUGGUGAACACAAGGACGAAGACAGGCCAAAGCCCAAAGACCGAAUUGCCUCAUGUCUGCUGGAGUCUUGGGGCAAGGGUGAAGGCCUGGGUUAUGAGGGCCUGGGCCUUGGCAUUGGACUGCGUGGUGCCAUUCGCCUGCCUUCCUUCAAGGUCAAGAGGAAGGAGCCACCAGACACAGCCUCCUCUGGUGACCAGAAGCGGCUUCGGCCGUCAACAUCUGUGGAUGAGGAAGAUGAAGAGUCAGAACGGGAGCGUGACCGGGACAUGACCGAUACCCCAUGUGAACUCGCCAAGCGGGACCCCAAAAGCGUGGGUGUGCGGCGCCGGCCAGCAAGGCCACUGGAGCUGGACAGUGGUGGGGAAGAGGAUGAGAAAGAGUCCUUGUCCGUGUCCUCAUCUUCAUCAGCAUCCUCAUCCUCAGGAUCUUCCUCCACCUCACCCUCAUCCUCAGCCUCAGACAAGGAGGAGGAGGAACGAGAAAGCACUGAGGAGGAAGAGGAGGAGGAAGAGGAGGAGGAAGAAGGCCCCAAGAGCCACAUAUCCUCACCCUCAUCCUCAUCUACCUCUGAUAAGGAUGAUGAUGACGAUGACAGUGACGACCAGAUCGAUUCUGAUAAUGAUGAUCAAGACACAGCCCUGUCAGAGGCGAGUGAGAAGGACAACGGAGACUCUGAGGAAGAGGAGACGGAGAGCAUCGCCGCCUCAAAGGCCACGCCUGGGUCAUCAUCAUCCAGUGAAAGUUCUGGGUCUUCUGAGUUUGAAUCCAGUUCCGAAUCAUCAUCCUCGUCUUCAUCCUCAGAGGAUGAAGAGGAAAUGACUGUCCCUGGGGAGGAGGAGGAAGAGGAGGAGGAAGAAGAAAAGAAGGAGACCGCCAUGGCUACAGCAAUGGUAGUGGCAAUGGCCAAUGAGAACACGCCUCCAGCAGGGGGCCAGGACCUUGAGCAGGAGAAGGUAGAAGUAUCUCUGGGCCCAGGAGCCACCAUGGGGGAGUCCUUGGUCACAGAAGAGGAAGCGGACACUGGGGCUGAGGACGAAGUCCCUGAGAUGGAGGCUCCUGUGCUGGAGGAGCCUCCCUUGACUGUGGGUGCUCAGGAGCUAGAAGGGAGCACAAAGACCUCAGAAGAGCCCAUGGAAAACACACAAGAGGACAUGCUGCUCUCUCCAGAGCCCCCUGCCAGGGAGACAGAGGCCCAGCUCCCAUCACCCCCUGAACAUGGUCCAGAGGAAGACCUCCGGGAAGUGGAGCCCGAGCCGCCUCCGAUGCUCUCCUUGCCCUUACAGCCACCAUUGCCACCCCCUCGGUUACUCCGGCCACCCAGCCCACCACCUGAGCCUGAAUCCCUAGAGCCCCCCAAACCUCCUGUUCCCCUGGAUCCGCCCCCUGAGGACCAGCCUCCGCGUACUCCAGGUCUCUGUGGCAGUCUGGCCAAGUCACAGAGCACAGAGACAGUGCCAGCCACCCCAGGCGGGGAGCCCCCGCUGUCAGGGGGCAGCAGUGGCCUAUCACUGAGCUCCCCACAGGUGCCUGGCAGCCCCUUCUCCUACCCAUCCCCAUCCCCUGGCUUGAGCAGUGGGGGCCUUCCUCGGACACCUGGCCGGGACUUCAGCUUCACCCCCACUUUCCCGGAGCCCAGUGGACCCUUGCUUCUACCUGUCUGUCCCCUCCCAACUGGUCGGAGAGAUGAGCGCUCUGGUCCCCUGACCUCCCCAGUGCUCUUGGAGACCGGCCUGCCCCUCCCACUUCCCCUGCCUCUGCCCUUGCCUCUGGCAUUACCUGUCCCUGUCUUAAGGGCCCCACCUCGGCCACCUACCCAGCUGCCUCCCCUGCUGCCUGCCUCCCUAGCUCCGUGCCCACCCCCCAUCAAGAGGAAGCCAGGCCGGCCCCGGCGAUCCCCACCAUCUAUGUUGUCCUUGGAUGGACCUCUGGUCCGGCCACCACCAGGGCCUGCCCUUGGGAGGGACCUUCUGCUCUUGUCAGGCCAGCCACAGGCCCCCAUCUUUCCCAGUGCACAUGACCCUCGGGCCGUGACUUUGGACUUCCGGAACACAGGGAUUCCAGCCCCCCCACCGCCCCUCCCACCGCAGCCCCCUCCCCCUCCCCCUCCACCACCUGUUGAACCCACCAAGCUGCCCUUCAAGGAGCUGGACAACCAGUGGCCCUCUGAGGCCAUUCCCCCAGGACCUCGCCGCGAUGAGGUCACUGAAGAGUACAUGGACCUGGCCAAGGUGCGAGGACCAUGGCGACGACCACCCAAGAAGCGCCAUGAAGACCUGGUGGCCCCAUCAGCCUCACCCGAGCCCUCACCGCCCCAGCCUCUCUUCCGGCCCCGCUCAGAGUUUGAGGAGAUGACCAUCUUGUAUGACAUCUGGAAUGGUGGCAUUGACGAGGAGGACAUCCGCUUCUUGUGUGUCACCUACGAGCGCCUGUUGCAGCAGGACAAUGGCAUGGACUGGCUGAACGACACGCUCUGGGUCUACCAUCCCUCCACCAGCCUCUCGUCAGCGAAGAAAAAGAAACGAGACGAUGGCAUCCGAGAGCAUGUAACAGGCUGCGCCCGAAGUGAGGGCUUCUACACCAUUGACAAGAAAGACAAGCUGAGAUACCUCAACAGCAGCCGAGCGAGCACUGAUGAGCCCCCCAUGGACACCCAGGGUAUGAGCAUCCCAGCACAGCCCCACGCCUCCACCCGGGCAGGCUCGGAGCGGCGCUCUGAGCAACGGCGGCUGCUGUCCUCCUUCACUGGUAGCUGCGACAGUGACCUGCUCAAGUUCAACCAGCUCAAGUUCCGGAAGAAAAAGCUUAAGUUCUGUAAGAGUCACAUCCAUGACUGGGGUCUGUUUGCUAUGGAGCCCAUUGCUGCCGAUGAGAUGGUCAUUGAGUACGUGGGCCAGAACAUCCGUCAAGUGAUUGCGGACAUGCGGGAGAAACGGUAUGAGGACGAAGGCAUUGGCAGCAGCUAUAUGUUCAGGGUAGACCAUGACACCAUCAUCGAUGCCACCAAGUGCGGCAACUUUGCGCGAUUCAUUAACCACAGCUGCAAUCCCAACUGCUACGCCAAGGUGAUCACAGUGGAGUCGCAGAAGAAGAUUGUCAUCUACUCGAAGCAGCACAUCAAUGUCAACGAGGAGAUCACAUACGACUACAAGUUCCCCAUCGAGGACGUCAAGAUCCCCUGCCUCUGUGGCUCUGAGAACUGCCGGGGGACCCUUAACUAGUCCCCGGGUGCCAAAGGCCAAGGAUGUCAGCCGUAGCCCGGGAGGACCCUCGCCCUGGGCCAGGCUCCGCCGCCCACCCAUUUCAGGUGCUGUCCCUUUCCCCCAGCAGCCACGCUAGGGCCUGGCGCCCCCCAACACUACCCCAGGACCCACCCGCAGCCCCAGCCCCGCAGCGGGAAAGGGCUUCUCUGUCUCAGCCGUGUCUUUCCAUUUUAAAGAUGCUCUUUGCAGGCUUUCUGGCCUCAUCUGUAUCUAGCUUUUCACCCCCCUCCUCUCUCGCUGUCCUCGGCCUCAGCCUUUUUCCAUGAAUGCUGCUGUUGUGCGCUGUCUUCUCUCUCUCUCUCUCUCUCUCUCUCUCGCUCUCUCCCUCUCCCUCUCUCUCUUUCUCUUUCGCCUCUUUUCCCUUGUCCUAAGAAAAGACAUUUUAACCAUUGAAAAUGUGAAGGCAGAAGCAGAGGAGGAGCCCUGUGGGGUCCUGGAGGCCUCAGUGAAACUGUGUGGGCCCAGGGUCCAGGCUGACUCCGGGCCAGGUGCUGCAGGAAGAGGGUUUCCAGCGGUGUCAACCUCAGAACACUACGUACCCGAAAGGCCCCUCUGCCUGUGGAUGCAGUGAGCAGACCCUACAGUGUCUCCUGGCCAGUUCCCCAGUCUGUCCCUUCCCCUAUGGUUGAGGGUGUCCCUUCCCUGAGGUAGACCCCGGGGGAGCCAAGCUGAUCCCAGACAGGAACUUUCUGGGUGCUCCCAGCUGCCCUACCACCCCCAAAUCCUUGGGUUCAAUGUUUACUUUCUCAUUCGGAUGCCAGCAAUGAUGGAACCUUCCAAGGUGUCCCCAGAGCGGUGGGGGAACUGGGAAGGGGUAUCUCCACUCUCUGCCACCUCGGCUUUGCCUGGGUGCAGGGGUGCCAGGGCCCUCGGGGCUCCCCAGCCAGCCCUGCCAUUUACGGGUUGUCUGACUGUAGCACGUGACAUUUUUUUGUUGUUGAUAAGCUUUGCCCCCUUCACCCCAACCCACACCCAUGCCACCCUGCUGGCGGCCCCCACCUGGGAGGCCAGAGCGUAUUUAUUUCUACAGUGAGCAGGUUUUUUUUCUCCCAGAGAAAGUAAAAUAGUCUUGGAAAUGAUUUUAAAACUCCAAUCUAAGUCUUAGGUCGCUCCGGCCCCCACCCUACUCUCUAUCCCCACCCUCUUCAGGAUUGAUUUCCAUGAAUUUGUUUUCUUGUGUAUAAAAUCAAAACGAAGGGAAGAAAAUGAUUUUUUUUGGGGGGGGAGUUCAGAACCAAUUCCUGUAGAUAGACUGCCAUGAUGGACUUUUUCUCAGAAACCUUGUUUCUUGUAGAAACGUGGGAAGACAUUUUUUUUUUUCCUUAUUUCUUUGUACUUCCAAAAAAAAAAAAAAAAAAAAAAAAAAAGGCAAGCCAACCACCACCACCACCAAUGAAACAAAAAAAUGACACAAACAGCAAGUCCCCCGUUCCCCCAGAAAGCAGAGCAGGCAUGUAAAUAUUUCUGGACCGUGACUGUUGGACCCGGAGUCCUCAUCCAGAUGAAAGUGCUCCGGGUGGGGCCGACCUCACCCGUGGACCAGGGCGGAGCCUCUGGUAUCUCAGCUUGUGUCAAGCUUCUUAUAUGUAAAUUCUGUACAAAGAAUUGUUAUUCUCUCUCUCUCUCUCUCUCUCUCUCUCUCUCUCUCUCUCUCUCUCUCUCUCUCUGUCGUUGGUGGUUUUGUUGUGGUUUUUUUUUUUUUUUAAUUCUCCACAGGCCCUCUGUGUUUGAGACUGUGCCCACAGGUCUGAAGGUCAAGACCUUCAGUGGCAUUAAGACACAGGGGAUGCCUGGGCACAGCGUCGACCUUCUCUUCCAUUUACUGUUUUCUGCAUAAUUGCGCAAAUGAGAAAAAUAUUUAUUUUUCACAAAAGGAAAUGUGUAGUGUGUAGAGAUGGCUAAUUUGAGUUCCUGGUGCAGUCACACACACACCCCUGACUAGUGGUUUUUAUCUUACCUGCUUUCAUCCCCCACAAAAGGGUAAGGAUGAGGAUGCCCAGAAGCCAAGGAAGAACUUCCGGGUCCCUGGCCCUGCCUCAUUGAGCCCCAUCAUGGGACCUGUGUACACUAACCUUGGCUGACUUUGAUGAUGGGUGAGGUGUUGAGGCUGCCCGAUUCCCCAAACCCCUGGCUCACUCCCAGGAAUGGUUUGCAAUAACCCUGACAUGUGGACCCAUUUUUCUUUGAAAGCUUUUGUUAUCGUCGAGUAAGAUCUCUGCUUUUGAAGGGUCAGGGGUUUCUGAUUUUUUUCCUUUUCUCUCCCCCCCCCCCCUUGCUGACCUUAAAAAGAGAACCAAUAAAUCUUAGGGUUGUCUGUGAGUGUAGACUCUGUCAUCUGUACGUAACUUGUUUUUGAAGAGAAGUGUUUCCGUUGUGGGUGUGUCUUGCUGUAAAUAUUUGUUCAUAUUUUUGUGAAUUCAAUACUAUGUACCAUUGUAUUAUAGUAACUUUUAUAAAGCAAACCAUAAAUAUACUGACUUUUCUUACAGA